UAUAAAACUUGGCUUCCUCCUUGAUCUCUCCCUAGCUUUCUAUUGAUUCCUCCAUCGAUAUCCCCCUUUCUUGUGCUCACAAGCUUUAAUUUCCCUAGCUAGCUUAGCUUCUCUCUCUUCCUUCUUUCAUCGACAUCGAUCAUGGUGGAGCCUAGUGUAAAACCAGAGCAAGGCGACUUGUUCUUGCCUCCCGGGUUCAGGUUCCAUCCCACAGAUGAGGAGAUCAUCACAAGCUAUCUCCUGAAGAAGUUUUUGAACCCUAGCUUUGCUCCACGGGCCGUCGGGGAGGUGGAUCUCAACAAGUGCGAGCCAUGGGAUCUCCCAAGCAAGGCGAAGAUGGGGGAGAAGGAGUGGUACUUCUUCUGCCACAAGGACAUGAAAUACCCGACGGGCAUGCGCGCCAACCGCGCCACCAAGGAGGGCUACUGGAAGGCCACCGGCAAGGACAAGGCGAUCUUCAAGCCAGGCCAUGGCCGCGAGCUGGUCGGGAUGAAGAAGACGCUGGUGUUCUAUACGGGCAGGGCUCCAAGGGGAUCCAAGACCAACUGGGUCAUGCACGAGUACCGUCUCGAGGGCAAGUCCAGGGACAACAACACAAACCUACGCUUCAAUCCCAAGGAUGAAUGGGUUGUCUGCAAGGUGUUCCACAAGAAAGAGGAAGCCAACAAGGCCGCCGUGGAGUACUCUGCCGGAACGCCCAACGUCAGCUCGGUGUCGGUCGAUGCCGGCGAGGGCGACGAUGAGUUUCUUGACUUCAUGGUCGAUCCCAUGCCCUUCAACUCGGUGGGUAUCUUGUCCAACACGACGGCCAUCAACGCCGCGGCGCCGUACAACGCGGAGGACUACUCAAUUUCUGCCGCCGCGGGAUCCACGAGUAGGAGUAAUAACUUCGUCGACCUCCCUAGCUACAGCAUCAGUAACACAACAAGCAACGACGACAAGCUGGCCGGUUCAUCGGUUCCGACAAGUAGCAAAAGCAACAGCGCCUCCUGGGAUAUGCUUCGUGCAUCCCACGCGAUGGGAAGCUACGAUUUGCAUCAACAGUAUGAUCAUCACCAGGCAAUGAUGGUGAAAGCCCUAGGAGGAGGGGCCAUGGCUCCAAAUUUUGCUGCUGUCUCCAAAGGUUUAUCACCGAUGACCUCGCCGGUGACCGGAGUUUUGGAGCAGAAGCCGCUCAGCGUGCCGCAGAACAAGCUCGAUCGGGAGCUUUGGUCAUACUUAUCCUGCUAGUUAUCUUGGUACUACUAGUGCUUCUGCCACUGCUGCUACAAUUGGACCAGCUGCUAAGAAUGGGUGAUCGGCAUCGGCUAGGGCACUGCUGGAUUAAUGAGAAUAAUGGUUGUUUUAGUGAUUUUCUGGCAGUUUUGUUGGUUGCUUAAUUCAUUAAUUGGUUCGCACACUGAGAGGCCAUACGGUUUGUUUUAGGUCUUGUAAAAAGGACAAUGUUCGUUUGUUUGUGAGAUUUUGUUCGUUGCUGGUGCUGAUAUUGUUUUUUUUUAAACAAUCCUGGUGCUGGUGUUGUUUCUUUUCUCUCUCUCUAUAUAUAUAUAUAUGACUCUUUUA